AUGGCAGAGACUUACAGUAGAGACCUGCUCAGCACGGUCGGGAUGCGUGUGAGGCAACAAGUGGACAUGGGCCACGCGUGGGUGCCCCUGGGGGGCCAUGCGGAGUCGCUGGACCAGGCCACAAGUGCAAGAUGCGUCGCUGGUGUUGUUGUUCCGCAGUUCAACGCCGCCGUGGUGCAGAGGCAGGAACAGUUGCAGCAGACAGUGCAGCAUGGGCGGCUGCAGCCGCCCAUGCUCGCUGCAACGGGGCCCUGCGAGUCGAAUUUGUCCACCUCGUGGGGGGGAGACGCCGAGGCGGAGGAAGCCGGUGGUGACGAUCAUGACCACACAAGGAAGAGACAGUGUCCAUGA